AUGAGUGGACGUUACCGGGAUUACGACAAAGGGUCGUCUCGAUCCACGCGCGAUGAUUCUAGGCUGUACAAGGAAAGGCGCGAUGGCCGGGACAGGGCUGAACGUAGACGUUCGAGGUCGCGCUCCCCGCGGCGGUGGUCUCCAGCGCGCAAUACUGCUAGCAAUGACGACUACUCACCCAGCAGAUCUUCCAACAGCAGAGAUAGAGAUGGGAGGAACUAUGAAGAGAGGAGUCACAAACAUGAUCAAGAUUGGGAUGAACCAGAGGAUGUACCUGCACCUCCCCCUCCCCCUCGCAUCACCAAAAUAUCAAUCGGCUUCAACAAACCAAAAGCUCCUAUCAAGAUGAACAUUAGUGGUCCAGCCAAACCAGUUGCCAAGCCAACUAUAGCAUCUGUAUUUAAUGCUGAUGAUGAUGAUGAGCCUGAAGAAAUGCCUGCAGAGGCACGCAUGAGAAUGAGGAACAUUGGCAGGGAAACACCAACAUCAGCAGGACCAAAUUCAUUUGGCAAAACAAAGCAAGGUUUCUGUGAUGCCAAGAAAGUUUUUGAGAAGAACUUGAAGCAAGCACUCGAAAUGGCAGAUAAGCCGGCCAUGCCUAAAUUGCCACAGACUAUAUACAAGCUAGCAGGCCCUUGA